UUCUAUUCAUUAUUUGCGGGAAUCGAACGACGGGAAUGUUCUUCCCCUCGUAUCAAUGUUGAUUCAACAUUCAACUACGAACCCUCGUUAUCUUAUCGGUAUGGCUAUUUAAUCAUUCUACCGCGUCGCGUUUCGGAGUUAUCGAUCAACAAAAUAAUGUAUUUCGACAAAGAUAACUUUCAGGAUCAUCCCAUUACGAGCAUGAACAAAUCGGUCGAAAAUCUCUUGAUUUCGAGUCAUGAAGUGCUCAGUUCGAUCAAUUCUUCAUCCUUGGGAGGUCUCAAUCUUGGAAAUAAAGCUAACAACGAAUCAAGCAUGGAACACUUGCAUGACAAUAGCCAAGCCGAUGGGCCCGAACAUUCCAGCCCCUUGCCUACACCAAAUCUUUCGCCACAUCCUAGUCCCAAAGCACAAAAUAAACGCGAUCACUCCAAAACCAAUGCGGAAUCUUCUGCAAACUUGUCACACAGAGACUCAUCUAUAUUAUCCAAAUCGGAUGAUCAACAUACCCAGGACAGUAUUAACCGGUCGUCAGAUUCUGCCGAACCAAGUAAAAAUUCAGCGUCAGAAGGGAAAAAAAGUAGUAGAGUCGAUAGAGUAAAGAAAAAGUCGUCUUGGUACAAUGUUCUUUAUCCGACUUAUAAAUCUCGUUCAGAAGAUUUCAAAAGAAUCUUCAAAGAUGUUCCCGAUGACGAGCGACUUGUAGUAGACUAUUCUUGCGCUUUACAACGAGAAAUUUUGGUACACGGACGUCUGUACGUGUCGCAAAAUUACGUUUGCUUCUACGCCAACAUAUUCAUGUGGGAAACGCUGGUCUCGCUUCGCUGGAAAGACGUAGCUUCAAUAACCAAAGAAAAAACAGCUCUUGUUAUACCAAAUGCUAUAUUAAUCUGUACCGAGACUGACAAGUUCUUCUUGACGACUUUUGGAGCGCGGGAUAAAACGUAUCUCAUGCUUUUCCGAGUAUGGCAAAACGCUUUGAUUGGACAGCCGAUGAGUAUGGCGGAAAUGUGGGCCCUGGUACACGCGUGUUACGGCGAAGAGCUCGGUUUGACGUCUGACGAUGAAGAUUACGUGCCACCGUUGCCGGCGCCUGACGAUGAGAAGCUCCCAACACGAUUGUCCGUUGAAUCAUUUUCCGAGGUUGAAGGGGCCAAUAUGGAAACUUCGCAAUCGCCUCUCAUUCCCCUUAAUGAGGACCCAGUGCCCCGUCUUCCGGGACCUUCACGACCCGACGUUCCCUUGGAUCCAACGGAUUUGAGCGACACAACGGAAAGUGAAGCCGAAAAAAAUGCAGUGAGAAUCGGUGGUCGCGUACCAACUACUUGCACCGCGCUUCACGAAGGACGACAACUCACCAAAAUAACUUUACCUAUUCACAUCGAUCAAUUGUUUACGCUGCUAUUCACAAAUUCCAAGUUUUUCUUGGAUUUUUAUACGGCACGAAAAACUACAGAUGUUGUACAGUCACCCUGGACACAGGAUAGUAGAACAGGUCAGAAGAUGAGAACUGUAUCUUUGACUGUUUCCCUAACGCAACCGCUUGGUCCGAGAACGUCACAAGUCACGGAAACGCAGGUAAUGUUACCGUGCAGUAGACCCGGGCAUCACUAUAGCAUCGACAUAGAGAGCUCUAACGCUGGUAUUCCAUAUGCUGAUUCAUUUAGCAUUUUCACCCACUAUUGCAUGUCAAGUAUUUCCGAGGGUGAGAGCACUCUGACCGUAUGGUCAGAAGUGAAAUUCAAAAAAUACGUUUGGGCUGUGAUGAAAGGACUCAUCGAGAAAAAUUGUUACGCUGGCAUGGACGAAUAUUUUUGCAGUUUGGCAAAAGCCCUGAGCGUAGAAUGCGAGGAGUCUGGCGGAGGGGUUGGAUUGAAGAGAAAAACAAGACGAAGACGCCGGGUAGCUGGUCCCAGUGCAACUCUGCAAUCUCAUUCUCCGGAUCAUUUGCCUUCCAAUCUUCAGUCCACUGUCAUUGACCAACCGCACACCCUUAACGCCAAUGGUCCUGGUACCCGAGGGGACGCGGGAAAUGUCAUCAGUUGGGUAUUAUUGGUCGCAGUCUUGUGUUUAACUCUAAUUAAUGGUUUGCUCUAUUACAAAUUAUGGGGAUUGGAAGAUGCUGCUGCUUACACAAUAAUGGAUCUGCACGUUCUCAGGAACACUCCAAAAACCGAUGAUGAUUGGGUCACGUUAUUGCAACAACAAGAGAGUCUCCAUAAUGUGGAAAUGCGAAAAUGGCAAAGGGUAUUGCACACUGCAGCUCAACUGUUGAGACAGACCGAAGAGUCAUUAACGGAAUUGCAGAUGAGCAUGCAUCCAACUGCAACGGAUAAAAUAUUUUCAGUGUUAAAGCCAAAUUCCCAGGAAUUUAACGUUGGAAGGAAAGAACCUAGUGAUGAAAUGUGAAUUAUAAAUGAAGUCUAUAAUUUUCAAUAAAAAUUAAACCCUGUUACAUCGA